GCUAGGCCGUGUUUGUAAAUACAAUAGAAAGUAUAUAAGUUGAACGAAAUUCUAUUGCCCUACACAUUUCUGAAAAGUUCAGAGUUUUAAAUAUUCAGCAAUAGAUAAAGGUGCAAACGAGGUUCAACAUGCCUGCCGUCAUCCUUUUGGCCAUUGUCCUGUCUGCAGUUCUGUAUGACACAAUCUCGGCGUGCACUACAUGCUCUCUCACUGACACUGGAACAUGCGAUGCUUAUAACAGCUACAUUAAUUGCUUGAAGGAUAUAACUGCAGCCAAUGGCUGUUCUGCCUUGGAAGAGACAGCAGCCUCAUUAUCCCUGGCUUCAUUAAAUUCAUUGCAAUGCUCAGAAACAACCACUGUCAUGACGUCUAUUGUGUGUGUAUGCUCUGUCAGUGAAACUGGAACAUGCGAUGCUUAUAACAGCUACAUUAAUUGCUUGAAGGGUAUAACUGCAGAAAAAGGCUGUUCUGCCUUGGAAGAGACAGCAGCCUCAGUAGCGCUGUCUUCAUUAAAUUCGUUGCAAUGCUCAGGAACAACCACUGUUACAACGACCAUUGUGUUGAUGGCUGCACUUUCGUUCUUAAGUUACAUUUUAAGUAAAAUCUAACUUUAAACACCAUCCAUCUAGAAGUAAAAUGAAGGAAAGUUAAAAUGUACAUUAGAAUAUGAUAUUUUGUUUAUAGGAAACCUCAUAAUUUGCGCUAUUCUAUUUUAGCUUUGUCAUUAUAGGAAUCCUUGGGCCUUAUGCCUCUCUUAUUUGCCUUUUGUGAGGGCUUUAUAUGACAUAAUCUAACAGGCUGAUGACCAAAAAAAAUAUAUUUAAUUUUUUUGUUUCUAUCUAAAGCCAAGCAUUUCAAAACAAGUAUCAGAAAAAUACAUUAAAUUAAAAAAAUGUUAUUAAAUCAUCAUUAAUCUUAAGACAGAAGGAAUUAGUUUUCAUUUCGUAUUUUAAUUCUCAGUUAAACAAUAAUCUGAAUCAUACAUUUGUUUUACAUUGCUAAACCCUUGUGAUUUGCGUGCCGUGUGUGUGUGUGUGUGUAUUGUUAUUAAUUAUAUUUGUUGUGUUAUGCAAAGUAAAUGGUUUGCAUGUAAAUUUAAAAAUAACAACCAAAUUUUGUUCGCGGAGAGUGUCAAUUGAAAGAAAUAUAAGACUGACGGGAUGCGAUUCAGAAUGUUCUGUUCGAUUCUAUUGCAAAUAUUGACAGCCUAAUAAUUUUCACGAUACAAUUUAAACACAGUAAUGUCCUCUUUGUUACAAUUCGAUUUUUAAGAUCCAGUUUAGAUCAUUAAAGCCAUCUAAUACAGUAAGCCAGUAACAUAGACAAAGAAGAGAACGUGAGAUGAAGAAAUGUGGAGGCGAUGACAGGAAACAUUAAUACAAAAAUGUGAGAACAAAAAAUUGUAAGAAAUGUUGAAACAAAUCGACAAACUCGACCCCAUAUUUAAAGAUUGUUGCUUUCCAACUAGAUAAUAAUAUAUAUGGUGUGUGUGUGUGUUGGAAAAGAAACACGGAAAAUUUGUGUGUGAACAAAUAUUAAACUUCAUACAACACAUGAGAUAAUCAACACUUCUUGAAGUCUUUACAUGGGAGACAAACAACGAGCUAUUUAUAGUUUGGUAUCCGCCAUAGGAUGAGCAUAAGAACGACACCUAUUUUUAAAUGUCUUAAUUUAAUUUAGCGACAAAAUAUUUUCUGGAGCCAUUUACAACUGCGAUGGCUUAAACAUAAAAGUGUUUAUAGAUGUAAAAGUUGGAUCAGUUACACCACGGAACAAAGCAUAUUUUAAUAUUAUUCCUAGCAGUAUUUAUUGUAUUCAUUUGUAGUUGUGCUAUCCUUACUUAACGAACAUGCAAAUAAAGCAUUCAAAUAAUAGAAUGUA